UCUACUAACCUUCAACUCAAGUCAACCAAACUCGUUAAUCAAAUCCAAAUUCAAAAUCAAAUCGGUAGUUUGAAUUCCUUCCACGAAAACCCAUUUCACAAAUUUCACAACCUAGGGUUUUUCUCGGUUCUUCAAAAAGCUUAAACAGAUUUCGAUGAAGUGGAUUUGCUCAAAUUUCUCGAUUUAAAUGGUUGGAUUCGAAGACAAGAUCCUGUAGGUAGCUGCGUUUCAGAAGAAGAAGAAAGGUCAAAGGUUAGAAUCAGAAUCUCAUCGUUUUCGAGAUGGAUAUCACAGAGGUUUCGAUCAUUCAUCAUGUAGGCAUUGUGUUCUUGGUGAUAUGGUUACUCACUUCAUUCAAUUAUUGCAACUCGAAUGACCCGAUAGUUUACUUCGUUUCUUUGAUCUAUCUCUAUCUGGUUCAUGAGAAUUUCUCAACGAGAUUCAGAAGAAAGGUGCGGUUUGAAGAGAGAAGGCAGGCCAGUCAAAAGAGGGUACUCUCUGAUUCUGAAUCAGUUCGGUGGUUGAAUCAUAUGGUUGAAAAAAUCUGGCCUAUAUGUAUGGAAAAUAUUGUCUCACAGAAAGUCCUCCUCCCAAUCAUACCUUGGUUCUUGGAAAAGUACAAACCGUGGACAGUGAAAGAAGCUAUGGUUCAAAAACUGUAUAUGGGAAGAUCUCCACCUAUGAUUACCGAAAUGAGGGUUUGUCGACAAUCUACUGGUGACGACCAUUUGGUUUUGGAGCUGGGACUAAAUUUUCGAACAGCUGAUGACAUGAGUGCAAUAUUAGCUGUGAAACUGACGAAAAGAUUGGGUUUUGGAAUGUUGGCAAAAAUGCAUUUGACAGGAAUGCAUGUUGAAGGAAAGGUAUUGGUAGGGGUGAAGUUCCUGCCAAAAUGGCCGUUUCUUGGACGUGUGAGGUUGUGUUUUGUGGAACCACCUUACUUUCAGAUGACAGUCAAACCAAUGUUUGCUCAUGGUCUUGAUGUUACUGAAGUUCCCGGGAUUGCUGGAUGGCUGGAUAAGCUUCUGACUGUUGCAUUUGAGGAGACGCUGGUUGAGCCUAAUAUGUUGGUGGUGGAUGUUGAAAAAUUUAUUUCACCAGAAGCAGAAACAUGGUUCUCCGUUGAUGCGAAGGAUCCCGUUGCUUACACCUUAGUGGAAGUUGUGGAAGGAACGGAUAUGAAACCGUCAGAUAUGAACGGGUUGGCGGAUCCUUACGUAAAAGGUCAGAUUGGUGCGUACAGGUUCAGGACCAAGAUUAAAAGGAAGACGCUCACUCCAAAAUGGCUCGAGGAGUUCAAGAUUCCUAUUACUUCAUGGGAUUCACCUAAUAUUCUCGACAUUGAAGUUCGUGACAAAGAUCACUUCAUUGAUGACACCCUAGGCAAUUGUUGUAUAAAGAUUAAUGAUUUUAGAGAUGGUGAGAGACAUGACAUAUGGUUGCCUCUUCGGAACAUUAAAAUGGGAAGAUUGCAUCUUGCCGUAAGAGUUAUUGAACUCGAAGGAAAGGUAAUUGAACAACCAUGUGAUGAGGAUGCAUUGAAGAGCGAAGACGAGAAAAAUUCUUUUGCAGUCGAGAAAGGAGAAGGGACCGGUAAAUUGCCUGAAAAAUCUAAACAAGUGAUGGCGGAUGAUUAUGAACCGAUCGACGUUGAAGGGCAAAGAGAGACCGCGAUAUGGGUUCAGCGGCCAGGAGAUGAAGUAGCACAAGUAUGGGAGCAAAGAAAGGGGAAGAAUCGGGUCCGUAAAGAUGGCGAAUCACUGAAUAGUAGCAUCAGGUCUGAAUCAUAUCCGAACGACUCCAGCAGCACUGAUGAAAGCCUGGAGGGGAACAAAACGAAAUCAAGAAACCCGGUUAAGAGGGGGUUCCGUAAGAUUGGUUCACUGUUUCAUAGAAGCCCGAAAGCAGCAGAAGAUGAUAAAUCAAGAACCGUAAAUGAAGAUUGCGAUUCUCCACGUCAAAAUGUUAGGGCAGUUAAUGCAAAGGGGAUUGGGGUGAAGUUGGUAAUGCCAACGGACCCUGAUCAGGAUUCUGGAGUCGGACUCGAAGAGAGCCCGGAGGGAAGUGAUCAAGAAAGCCCGGAAAAGAGGAAAGUCAAAGAUAAAGUCAAAGGUAUUCUGAAGCAUACCGGGAAUUCUGCUCGUGGGAUGAUACAUGCACUUUCUCGAAAAGGGUCUGAUAAAGAAAAGAACGUAGAUUCACCGGUGCAGUCGGAUUAUUCCGGCGCAGGAUCCUCUCCGUCACCCGAGUUCAGACCUAAAGGUUUAGUGAUUCCAGAUGUUUCUGAUACUAGGCGAAUUAACAGUUCGUCGAAAUCCGAGGAUGAACCUGAUCAGAAUGAUGCAAGUAAAACUGCCACUAGUCCUUUCAGCCAAACUGGUGAAGUUAAAGAAGAAGAUGAUCCAAAUAAGAUUACAAUGGAUGCUGUGGAUGUAAACGCAACAGACACGUGUGACCCUGGAACGAUGAUCCAAGGAACGGCCGACCCUGGAGCGGUGAUCCAAGGAACGGCCGACCCUGGGGCGAUGAUCCAAGGAACGCCCGAUCCUGGAACGAUGAUCCAAGGAACUCCCGAUUCCGGAACGAUGACCCAUGAAACACCUUUAGAGUUCACCGGGGACCAAGUAACAUCUUCUCCUUCACUUAAAUAAUGCAGAUGAUGGUUGUGUGUGUAGCCUGUAUAUCCUGCAAAUAGUAGUUCACCAUUUGUUGAGGGUGAAUGUGUGUGGAGUUGUAUAUCGAUAUACUUUGUUUUGCUUGGAUAGAUAUAUACACUAUAUGUAUGUAAAUGGCAAGAAUUUUGUUGAUAAAAAUCCCUGCUUUGAAU